AUGGAAAGGACCAAUGAGAGCAGCCCAGUAGGAUUUGUCCUAUUGGGUUUCUCUGACCAGCCCCAACUGGAAAUGGUCCUCCUUUUUAUCAUCUCCAUCUUUUAUAUCUUGACCCUGGUGGGGAAUACAACCAUCAUCCUGGUAUCUUACCUGGACCCUAAACUCCACACUCCCAUGUAUUUUUUCCUCUCCAACCUUUCCUUUCUGGAUCUCUGCUUCACCACCAGCAUUAUCCCUCAGAUGCUAUGGAACCUUGGGGGUCCUGAUAAGAGCAUCACUUACAUUGGUUGUGUGAUUCAGUUGUAUGUGGCUUUGGGCCUGGGUUCCACUGAGUGUGUUCUCCUGACUGUCAUGGCUUAUGAUCGCUACAUUGCCAUCUGCCGGCCCCUUCACUAUGCCAUAAUCAUGCACCCAAGACUUCUCAAACAGUUGGCAGUUGUGAUCUGGGCCAGUGGUUUCAUAGAGUCCUUGGUUCAGUCAGUAUUGACUUUUCAAUUGCCUCUUGGCAGUCACCACAGGGUGGAUGAUUUUAUGUGUGAGGAGCCAGCCUUGAUUAAAAUUGCUGCUGUAGACACCACCUUCAUGGAAAAUGAACUUUGUAUAGCCAUUAUCCUCUAUGUUGUAAUACCUCUGGGCCUUAUCCUGGUCUCCUAUGGAUGCAUAGCUAGGACCACAUUGAGGAUAAAGUCAGCUGAAGGGCGUCAGAAAGUUUUGGGUACCUGUGGCUCUCAUUUGGUUGUAGUUGCCUUAUUCUUUGGAACUAUAAUUGCUGUCUAUAUCCAGCCCAAAAAUAAGUAUACUCAGAAUCGGAGCAAGUUCCUUACCCUCUUCUAUACUGUGGUCACCCCCACCCUCAAUCCCAUAAUCUACACCUUAAGGAACAAAGAUGUUAAAGGAGCAGUGAGAAGGUUGCUGGGUAAAAACCAAGGUUCUGGAAAAACAUAA